AUGCAGUAUGUUACAAUCUAUGGUACUUGUAACUUUGCCAAACCCUCCUUCCCACACCGGAAUGAAAUGAGAGGUUAUGCAAUGAUCCCAGAGAGUUCCACCAUGCUCAAUAUCAUGACUUGUAACGUAUGGUACAACUCCUCUAGAGGUAUACUCCGACUAUGGUUACAGAAAACCAGUAACCAAACAAAAACGUCGUUGGUUAGUACGGUCCUUGAUGAACAGGGGGUGUUGGUGUUACCAGGGUACGUCACGGAGGCAGAAGAACAAGUGGCAUAUCCCUUCCAUAUCUGUCCAUCUUUGGCUGAAUCUAGCAGUCGAAAUUAUUCCAUCUUCUUAUCAGCACCACCUCUGACAGGUAGGUUUAGUUAGUUUUCGCGUGUGUCAAUAUGAUUCAUAAUUGGUUCGUCGUUGUUGUUGUUGUUGUUGUUGUUGUUGUUGUUGUUGUUGUUGUUGUUGUUGUUGUUGUUGUUGCUGUCUUGGUGUUGAGAUUGUUCGUUUGUUGUUGUUCUGAUUCAUUGUGCAAAAUAUUUUUUUCCACCCAGGUAUCAAUCUCACAGUUCAAGUAGACGAGUCCAUCCUGACCGAAAGAGAAAUCAAAACACUGGAGUUCGGACACAAGAUCACUUCACAGCUGCUUGUCUUCGAUGUAUCAACCAUACAAUCAAAGUUUGAUCAUUUUCAAGUGACUGUCCGCUCUCAAGACAAUACUCACGAAUGCUUGCUGUUUGUUUCAAAUAAUUGUAACGAUGUUGUUAACAUUGAUCCUCAAGCUGUGAACUUCAAGGAGUCUGGAAGCACGCUACAUCUCUCUUUCACAACAUUUGGACGAAUCACUUUGACACACGCGUCUAAACCACAGCUGUCGACUGGACGUUGGUAUAUCGGUGUAUUCUUGAAGGAAGGUCAAAACAAGGAGGAAGAAAGUUUAACAAAAACUGUCAAAGUGUCGGUUGGCUUCGCUGGUGGAAUAAAUAGAUUUAGUUUCACUCAACCAAUCGUGCUUCUUAUACUACUUUCGGUUUUAGGCGGUGUUGUGAUCGCUGUGUUUGCAGAUUUCUUCCUCAACCCAGAAUUCGAACACCGGUUGGUCCACAAGCUUCGAAUGUACGUGCAUUCGCGCGUAUUUAAAACGGGAGAACCUCCGGAUGAGACAGACAACGUAGAGGAAGGCCUGAAUGAAGACAGCCCUAGUCAUAGCAGUCUUCCAACUGGUAGUAUCUGUUUCCGCCUUGAUCGAAAUUUGGACGCACCUUAUGAUAUUAUCAAACUGAGCAUACCAAAACAUUGGCCAGGGCUUAAAAAUUGGGGAUAUGUAAUGCUUAGCUGGUUUCGUGGUGAUGAACGAUCCUAUGCCUAUACUACCGGGAUUGUUGCAUUUAGUCUACUUACUGGAGCCAUCCAGUUUAUAGUUUCGAACUGGCAGGAUAUGAUUGAAAGUGGCAACCGUGACAUAUGUUACUAUAACGAAGGAUGUUACAGAUCUACACCUGACAUGGAUAUUCCUUCUAAUUUGAUCAUCAGUAACCUGCCCUAUAUGAUACAUGGCCUCAUUUUCGCGUUAUCAGUGUCACUAAGAGAAGCCACAUGUCGCGUGAACGAGCGAAUGUUAAACGUGAGCGUGCGCAAGGAAUCGUUUUCAAUCAUGUACGCGUUCUCAUGGUCCAUGGUAUUUGAAGGGAUCUUCUCAUCGUGUUAUCAUAUGUGCCCCAGCCGUAUGACGUUUCAGUUUGAUUCCGCUUUCAUGUUCGUGAUGUGCGGCCUAGUUAUCGUUGCUGCGUACAAUUCCAUGGUAGACAAAUCUCAGCGUCGACAAAGCACCGAUGAAGACGUACAAUCGUAUAGCAAUCCAGUUUUCGAAACCAAGUUAUUCCUGUUCUUCGUAAUACCGUUACUUUUGCUCAAUUACAUGGGUUCAAUUCGAGAUACAGAAGGCUUCCUGUUGUUUCACGAUGCAUUAUUUUACUUUUGGUGUAUUUUAUGGAUAACGUGUAUGUUUGCUUGGGUAUUUUUUCACCUCAUGGUACCAUGGAAGCCACGACCUGAACCAGCAUUCUGGUGCAAGUUCGCCUGGCUUUGUGCAUUAUUUCCUGUCUUAAUGCUAUUCAUCGGGCUGUAUACCGUCGAUCUGAAGAAGGACUGGUCUAUAUUCUUCUUAUUCACGUGCCUUGCGGCUGUCAUGUGUACUGUGAUCGGCUACAGUGUUACUGUAUGCUCGCAGAAUAUCUAUAAGCAUGUGAAACAGACGCGGGACUUAACAGCGCAUGAAAGAAGAGAGCUAACAUGGAAGAUGUACUUACGCUGGCCGAUUGUGCAUUUUCACGUCAUUCUGUAUGCUGUCGGCACUAUGGCUUGCUGGUUGAUGGCACUGUACUACUUCCUUCAGAAGCCAGUCACGGAUAAAGUUAAAAUGGCAAGUAGGUCUCGUGAACUUAACGCAGAAUGUUCUUUAUGGGAGUUUUUUGACGACCACGAUCUGUGGCAUAUCUUGUCUUCAUUUGCACUUCUACUGACUGCAUAUUUGAUUAUAUGGUGCAUUGGUUAA